AGCCUCUACCGCGUCCUGGGGCUGGAGAAGGGCAGCUCGCCCGAGGAGAUCAAGCGGGCGUACCGGAAGCUGGCGCUGCGCUACCACCCCGAUAAGAACCCGGACGAUCCGGCGGCGGCCGAACGCUUCAAGGAGAUCAACAGCGCUCACGCCACGCUCAGCGACGCCGACCGGAGACGGCUGUACGAUCAGUACGGAUCGCUGGGCCUCUACGUGGCCGAGCAGUUCGGAGACGAUGCCGUCCGUCACUACUUCCUCAUGUCCCAAUGGUGGUUCCAGGUGGGCGCCGGGCACGGGGGGCUCCGGGGAGCUGGGGUGGGGGUCACACGGUGGCCCCGGGG